GGCCAUGCAGGGGCAAUGCUGCAAGCUCGCCAACACGGCACUGAACUUUACGUGGGUGUCCAUUCAGACGAGGAUAUUUUGGAAAAUAAAGGACCAGUGGUGAUGACGCUGGAUGAACGUCUUGCCGCAGUGGAUGGCUGUCGGUGGGCCACCAAAUCCGUUCCGGGAGCUCCCUAUGUGACUGAUCCUUCCGUUAUGGACCAUUACGGCUGCAAGUACGUGGUCCAUGGCGACGAUAUUACCACCGAUGCCAAUGGGGAGGAUUGCUACAAAGUUGUCAAGGAGCUGGGCCGGUUCAUUGUUGUGAAACGCACACCCAACAUCUCUACCACAGACUUGGUUGGCCGGAUGCUGCUCUACUCGAAAAACCACCAUCUACCGGUCAUUCUGGCCAAGGACUGGCAAGAUUACGCUGCUGGACAGCCAUCGCAUCCUCUAUUUCAGCCCGAUGCGAUAAAGCGCUAUCAAGAUUAUGCCACGUGUGAGGACGGCAGGAACCCCGGUGUGGCGGUCUUCGCGUAUACCAAGGACACCGGCGAGGUCAAGGAGCUGGUGAAGCCCAGCGCAGAAAGAUUCAAGUCGUCCAGAAUAUACUACAUCGACGGUGGCUUUGAUCUCUUCAAUCCAGGACAUAUUGUUGCUUUGAAAAAGCUCAAAGAGCGAGCAGUAGCCGACAGUGCGGUUGUUCUUGUUGGAGUCAACGACGACGAGGACGUCAAUAAGCACAAGGGCAUCAACUAUCCGAUCAUGAAUUUAUUUGAAAGAUCGCUGUGUGUGCUCCAGAGCAAGUACAUAGACGGAAUUGUUCUGGGUGCUCCUUACAAGCCAACCAAAAAUUACAUUCUUGAGUUCCCUGUGCCUGUGGUGAAGGUGUUCCACGGUCCCACCUCGGAGGAUGCAGACCCC